CCAGCGGGGCCACCGUGAUGGGCGGGGAGCUGAGGAAGCGGAAGCCGAACUUGCUCUCGGCCGUGUUCUGCACGGACAGUGCCACCAUGGGGCAGGUCCGGUCCACGCGUUUCCGGCCCACCUGGGGAGGACCGGGAUGCUCUCGGGGCUGGUGGCCAUGGAGCUGAAGGUGUGGGUGGACGGCAUUCAGCGCGUGGUCUGCGGGGUCUCCGAGCAGACCACCUGUCAGGAAGUGGUCAUAGCGCUCGCCAGGGCCAUAGGCCAGACGGGCCGCUUUGUGCUGGUGCAGCGUCUGCGGGAGAAGGAGCGGCAGCUGCUGCCCCAGGAGUGCCCCGUGGGCGCCCAGGCCACCUGCGGGCAGUUCGCCAAUGACGUCCAGUUUGUCCUGAGGCGGACGGGACCCAGCCUGGCGGGGAGGCCGUCCUCGGACAGCUGCCCGCCCCCGGAGCGCUGCCCCAUCCGUGCCAGCCUGCCCCCGAAGCCCCGGCUGGGCCGCGAGCCCCGGAAAGCCCUCACCUUCAGCCUGGGCGGCCCCAGGCUGGCCCCCAGCCCCCCGCCCGCGGCCGCAGACCUGCUGAGCCUGGAGCAGCGCGUGGAGAGCAACGCGGCGGAGCUGGGCCAGGAGGCCUUCUGGGAGCAGGAGCUGCGGCGGGAGCAGGCCCGGGAGCGCGAGGGCCAGGCGCGGCUGCAGGCCCUGAGCGCGGCCACCGCCGAGCACGCCGCCCGGCUGCAAGCCCUGGACGCCCAGGCCCGCGCGCUGGAGGCCCAGCUGCACCUGGCCGCCGAGGCCCCCGGGACCCCUCUGCCCACGGCCUCGGCCGCCGAGCGGCUGCGCCAGGACCUGGCGGCCCAGGAGCGGCAGGGCGCCGAGGUGCAGGGCAGCCUGGCCUUGGUGAGCCGCGCCCUGGAGGCCGCCGAGAGCGCCCUGCAGGCCCAGGCCCAGGAGCUGGAGGAGCUGAACCGGGAGCUGCGCCAGUGCAACCUCCAGCAGUUCAUCCGGCAGGCGGGGGCCGCCCCGCCAUCCCCGCGCGCACAGGGUCUCCCUUCUCCGGCCAGGGAAGAGCCGCACCCGGGACCCCCCCGGAACCCUGCCCUCACGCCCAGCCUGAGCCCAGAAGGUACGUCAGCCUCUCCCCGGCCGGGCUGGGACAGGCCCUCCAGGCGCCCUCAGCCGCCCUGAGCUGUGCCUCUCCUGGCAGUCGUCCCCAUGAGGCAGAACUCCUGGAGGUAGCGGCUUCUGUCCCCCCACGGAGCACCGCUGGGAACCCCGCCAAGGAGCAGGCCUGCCCAGGGGCCAGAGGGUUUCCGCCACAGUUCCUCCCUGGGGUGCCAGGACACUGCACUCGACUCUGCCCUGCGCUGCGCGCCUCCGUGUGUGUGCCUGAGCGUGCGUGUCUGUGUGCGUGGACCACCCAGCCUCCCCAACGCCA